GGGGCACGGGUCUCUCAGUCGCCAACGUCAUGGCCACGGUCGUCGAGAGCCAUGGUCGCGUCGGCCCGCGCAUCUACGCCAAGCUGCGCGCCGACUCGUUGUACGCGACCGAGUCCGAGUCGGAGACUGACAUUGUCGUUGAGAUUCGGCCGCGAAAGGCGUCCGAGACCAGCCACCUCCUCGCGCCUCGGUUGGCACCAGCGACGAGUAGCAGCAGCGCGUCGCCAGGCGUGCCGCUCGUGGGCUUUGGCCUGCUCUUGUGCAGCUUUUGCACGAUUUCGUCCUUGGGCGUCGCGUUCGACCUCAUGACGGGCGUCGCGCCGAUACUCAAGCUCUUCUGGAAGGUCAGUGGCACCGUCUGCGUCACGUCGGUCCUCUGCCUCCCGAAACUCAAAGGCAUUUGCAACGGCGCGGUGGCGCUGCCGCAGCUGCACUCGCUGCUCUUGUGCGCGCUCGGCUACAGUCUCUGGAACUGCACGUUCCUCUACGCGCUCGACCACACGUCGGUGGACCACGCGUACAUUCUCAACAACAGCCACUCGCUCGUGCUCGUGCUCGGCAAGAUGCUGCGUCGGCGGCCAGUCGCCUUCCAAGAAGGCAUUGGCACCGUCAUUGGCAUCGCCGGCGGCGUCGUCACCGCGCUCGACCACACUUUGAGUCGCACAAAGGCCCUCGGCCCGAACCUCCAAGGCGACGCGGUCGCCUUCCUCGGCGCGAUGGGCGCCGCCGUGUACCUCACGCACGCCAAAGACGUGCGCAGUCAAGCCAACAUGGACUUCAUGGUCUUCAUGUGGCUGCACAUGUGCACGGUGUGCCUUCUACUGCUGCCGCUCCUCUACGCCACGGACGCGAUCUCGCUCUCGACCGACCCGAACCACGGCCUCUUUGGCUGGGUCGAUCUCACCCGGCUGCCGCUCGAGCUGUACCUUGUGACGGUCUGCGACUUCAUCGGCGGCAUGGGCUACGUCCGGGUCCUCAAGUACUUUGAGCCGAUCGUGGUCUCGAUUGUUAUGCUGCUCGAGCCUGUCCUCGCCGUCUGCCUCGGCAUCAUGGUCGGCGUCUCCAACGUCCCCGGGCUCCUCACCGUUCUUGGCAGUGCGAUCGUGAUCCUCGGCACCGCCAUGGUCAUACACUCGUCGACCAAGCGCGUUCCCGUCAGCGAUGUCCGCCCCUCGUAUGGCACGACGGCCUAGUCGAAUAACGCGAUUAUAGAGAAGAAUAGAAGCGUUGUUCUACCCUAAUGUGCUACUUAGCUA